AUGCAGCAACCGAAUGCCGAAGAGAUAUCGACGAUCACUUCGGUCUAUCCUUUGGGGUGUCUAGCCGGGUGCAUCCUUAUUUCUGUGAUCGGAAUGCGACUGGGUCGUCGUCUUAGCAUUGUCCUGGGUUGCGCUCUCAUUGUGAUCGGUGGAAGUCUUCAAGCUGGGUCUGUCAGUCAAGCUAUGAUCAUAGUGUCUCGGGUGAUCGCUGGGGCCGGUACAGGAAUGACCUCUACGUGUAUUCCGAUGUGGAUUUCGGAGACCUCUCCUGCGAAGACUCGUGGCCGGGACGUGGCUUUGCAACUUCUGCUUGUGUUGUCGGGCAAUGUGACUGCCUAUUGGUUCGAUUACGGAAUGAUAAUCCAUCACACUGGUCAGGUGGUUUGGCGUUUUCCCGUUGCAUUCCAGUGCUUUUACGCAUUAUUGGGUGGCCUUAUCAUCCUCUUUUUACCUGAAUCUCCUCGAGUUCUCUAUGGCUGGCAAAGGGUGAAAGAGGCAGACGACACGCUGUUACGGUUGUUGGAUUGCACGCCAAACGACGAAUCCUUCAUCGUUGGUCGACAAGAGAUACUUGACGCCAUGGAAAUGGAAAGCAAUCAGGAGGAGGGUCAAUCAUUGUGGCGCAGUCUCCUUUGGGAUACUAGCAAAGUGCACAAUUCUCGACUGGUCGAUCUUCAAUUGCAGGCAAUCACUUACUAUCAAACUACACUCAUGUCUGACGCAAUAGGUCUUGAUGCCCACAUGGCUAGCUUGAUGGGAGUAAGUUACAAUGUGAACACUCUCUUUCUGGGAACAUUUCCCCCGGUGCUUUUGAUCGAAAGGCUGGGUCGUCGACUUCUUCUUAUCGGUGGAGCAGUCGGAACUAGUCUGGCAAUGAUCGCAUUUACUGUCGCCGUCAAAUAUGCGCCAGGUAACCCCGCCGUAGGAUGGUUUGGGGUCUCCAUGAUCUUCUUGUAUGAGUUCAUUUUCGCGUGCUCCUGGAACUGUGUAGUGUGGGUCUAUGCACCUGAAAUCUCUCCGUUCAAAUUCCGACAUAUCAACACUGCAGCUGGAGUGGCAACCGAAUGGCUAUUCACCUUCGUCACCGUCAAAAUAACUCCCAUUGGCAUUGCCAGCCUUGGUUGGAGAUUCUUCAUUAUUUUUGUUGUGUUCAACGUGUUGCAGGCAGUCUUCGCGUAUUUCUUCUGCCCGGAGACAAAAGGUGCUACUCUCGAAGAGAUCGACUAUAUGUUCUGUAGGACUGGGCUUUUGGAAGAACCUGUCGAGGAGAUUAUCGAUCCAACGCAGACCCUAGCGACUGAGCAGAAGGGAACUUCCAAUGAUGAGGUUGGACAAAUUUAA